CACCAAAUAAUUGAUCAGACUGCACCUUAUACGACCGGUUCUGUUUAGUAUAGCAAACGAUGAAAUGGCGAAGAAAACUGUUAUAAUAUCAGUGACGGCAGGGGUAGUGAUUGCCGGAGGUAUAGCGGUGCUUAUUUGGUGGCUUGUAGCGGGCCGCGACCCCUUCAGAACUGUAGAGCUAAACAACCAAGCUAUAGGAGAUGUAGAAGGCACAGCCGCUCUGACCAGGAUCCGCGGCUCCGGAGACAUGUUCUGGUGGUUCUUCCCCGCCCACCACGAGACGCCCGCCUCGAGACCCGUCGUCCUGUGGCUGGACGGAGUCACGGGGGUCUCGCCCAGUCUACUAGCCAACUUUGGGAUGUUUGGUCCUUAUGACUUUAAUUUGAAUCAGCGGAAUGAUUCUUGGGUUGACCAAUACAACCUACUGUUCGUGGACGCACCCAUGGGCACCGGCUUCAGCGCAGCGCAAUCAGACAGCUCCAUUCCAGAUACUAUUGACGGAAACAUUGAUCAUUUAAUGUAUACUUUGGCAUCAUUUUACGAAAUGCACGGUGGUUUCAACGAUGCGCCUCUAUAUAUUUUUGGACAAGGACAUGGAUCGAAAUUAGCACUGGCUCUCACCAUGCGGUUACUGGAAGACAAUGAGCUUCCACAUAAUUUAGCAGGGAUUGCACUCGGCAACGGAAUCGUAUCCCCGGCUCUCGCCCUGACCAAACUCAGUUUUUAUCUCUGGGAGCUGGGCUACGUCGACGAAGACGGGCGCACCGCUAUUGAUAACUUCUCGGAGGAAACGAGCGAUUUAGUCCACAACGGACAACUAGGAGCUGCCUUUGAUCACUUCUUGACACUGGGAGAAUACACAAACGAGAACGCUGGAGCUGUGGCAGUCAAUUUGGGACAUAUUGUUGAAAAACUAGCACGUGACGCUCGGCAAGGAUACUUCGGCCAACCGAAUUACCUGGACAAUGUGUUCGGUUUGGACUCAUACCGGUUCAUGGAUGAGACCGUGGCGCCGGCCCUGGGCAUCAGCGGAUCCUACGCGGCGCGUCAAGACGCCGCCGUCCGCGCUUUCAGGAACACCUUCAUGGAAUCUGAUGUUGAAAAAAUUGAAUACAUUCUCGAAAACACGAAUCUUAAAGUGACUAUCUACAACGGCAACUUAGACGCGAUAUCCAACACUCCAGGUCAACUCGAGUGGGUGAAUGCCCUGCGGUGGUCAGGGCAGCAGAGUUUCCUCGCUAGUCCCCGUGCGACGCUCAUCGUCAACGGUCUCGUGCAGGGCUACUUCCGGGAGACUGAGCGACUGAGCUUCUAUUGGGUGAACGUGGCGGGGCAAUCGGUACCGCUUGAUAAUCCUGAUGCCAUGCGACGUAUCUUAGACAGAAUAACCGGGAGCUGAGUUCAUAAUAAAAAUAAAAACCGUUUAAGUA